AUGACCGAGCGAUCACAGAUAUCCCAUUCUGGGGAGGUUGAAGAUAGGGGACCGGCUCUGGUGAUCAUCAACGGGGUGGUCACUGCCGUGGCAGCGCUCGUGGUCGGCCUCCGCGUGACAUCCAGAGUCAUGAUUGUGAAGAAGUUCGGAUCAGACGACUGGUUCAUCAUUGCUGCGGUCAUCACCGCCAUCUUGAAUGUGGUCGUGGCCGGGCUCGGUGUGCAGUAUGGGACGGGGAAGCACAAGUGGGAUCUGUCCAAGGGCGAUGCGCUGCCCGCAGCGAAGCUACGCUUUGUCACACACAUCAUAUAUACCCUCAUCACAGCGCUCAUCAAAGCUUCUAUCUGCCUUCUCUACCUCCGUCUGUUUCCCAAUAUUCGAACCACAACCCUCGGCACCCUCGUGUUCGUCAGUGCCAUGAGCUUGGCAAUUAUUCUUGCUACAAUAUUCCAGUGCUCUCCGGUGGACGCCGUAUAUAAUCAGCAGAAAUACAAGAAUUACACCUGUUUUCCUUCGAUUCCGUUCUGGUACGCCGGGGCUGCAUUGGCGCUUGCUACAGAUAUUUGGAUUCUGGUACUCCCCAUCCCGACUGUUUUAGGUCUCAAAAUGGGGACGAAAAAACGAUACAUCCUGAUCGGGCUGUUGUCUCUCGGCGGAAUAGCCUGUAUAGCCAGCGUCAUCCGCAUGAUCUACAUCGUCAAGCUCUACCAAAGUGCUGACCCCAGCUGGGACACUUUCGGAGUGUCAAUUACUUCCGGGAUCGAAAUCGCCGUGGCAAUCAUUGCAGCUAGCAUUCCCGGCACGCGCCCGAUUGUGGAAAAAGUGUUUCCACAGCUGUUCUCCAGCACGAUGGGCACUUAUGGGACUGGUAGUGCUGUUGAGGGGGGUCUUAGAUAUAGGAAUCAGUCUCGAGGCCAGGUUCAGAUGUCGGUCUUUACGAGUAGGAGGGAGAGGGAGAGACAGAGGGAUCGAGGGGAUGAUGAUUCUAUGAAGGCUAUUGCUAGGGGGUGGUAA